GUGUGAUCUUUGCUAUGGAAUUGCUCUCUUCUCUGUUGCCCACAUCGACUCCGGCGCCAAAGCUCGAUCAGCUGCCGCCUGAGAUGCUCGAAUUCACGCUCCUCAAAACAACAGGCGCGCUUGCGCCUCGCCUCGGCCGCCUGUCCCUCCCCAAGCGCAAGAGCAUCUCGACGCCCGGCUUCAUUGGAAACACUUCGCGCGGCGUCAUUCCACAUAUAUCACAGGACAACUUCUCGAAAAGCUUGGGCCUCAAUGGUGUCUACGUCGCGCUGGAGGACUUCAUUGAGAAGUUCCCACAAAAGACACCGCCGGUCCUUCAGUACGAUGUCCCUGAGCCGCUGCGCAAAUUCAUCGCCCUUCCACAAGACACCCUUCUGGUCCUCGGCCCACGCCGCAACCCACCUAUACCGUCCCCGAUACAUAGUACGAACAAAGAGCUGGGGGUGUUGACGUCUGUGGGCUUCAAGGCCUUGAGCUCACAGUACUAUGCUGCUGCUGCGCGAAAGUUGCAGCCCGAUAUUGUGGUUGGGCUGGCCGACAUCCCGUUUGGAAAGGAAACGGUGGGGAUAAAGAGGAAGGACAAGAUGAGCGAUAGGACAGAGGUGUGGACACGCGACCUCAUUGCAAAGAAAGCUACGCUAGACAAGGAAGAACCAAGCUGGGGUAUCUUUGCGCCGAUUCUGCCCAUAGACCGUGAUCUACAGAGCUGGUACCUGGAGCACCUGGUUGAGGAUAUGGCCGACAAGAUCGCCGGUGUGGCCAUCUACGACGCCUAUCUGCUAGACGAUCUGUCUGAGGAGCUGCACCACUUGCCGCGACUAUCUUUCCACGCUCCGGCCAGCCCACACGAGAUCCUCCGCCAGGUUGGUCUGGGCAUGGACAUCUUCACCAUUCCUUUCCUGGCAGACGCAACCGAUGCCGGCAUCGCCCUCGAUUUCACCUUUCCUGCCCCACCCAAGGACACAACUACCAGCUCGCGACAAGAUCUAGGAUUAGACAUGUGGUCUGAUACUCAUGCAACAUCUGUUACACCCUUGAGCGAAGGGUGUAAGUGUUAUGCAUGCACAACGCACCACCGCGCCUACCUCCAGCACCUGCUCGCCGCGAAGGAGAUGCUCGGCUGGGUACUGAUACAGAUUCACAACCAUGCGAUUCUGUCUGCCUUCUUCUCUGGCAUUCGGGCAUCCAUCGAAGCGGACACGUUCGAAGCAGACGUCGCUGCUUUCGAGAGGUACUACGAAUCGAUGCUGCCAGAAAAGACAGGGCAAGGACCAAGAGUCAGAGGCUACCAGUUCAAAGCUGAGGAGCACGCGAAGCCUGAAAAGAAAAACCAACGGGUGUUCACAAAGUACGAUGACGAAAAGAUCGCGGAAUUGAGACUGGCCGCAGCGCAUGGGCAGCAGCCUGGGAAGAAGCCGGAGAUGAGAGAUGUCAUUGACGAUGAAGCUUUGGUUGGUCUUAUGGGAUUAGGCGAUGUAGACGUUGAUGGCGCGCGGCAGGUGGAGUCACUGAAGCUGCAAGACGAUGUUGAGAAGAAGAGUUGAUUAUAGACUAGAUACCCUUAGAGAAAUGAGGACGCACGAUACGAUCUAAUCGCUUCAGCAAUACAUACGUAGUUCAAAUCUGCGCCAGGCGAC